ACCGAUAACCGGCAUUCAAACCAAUCGAACCCAUGGCUCAACCAACCGGCAUUGUUAGCCACAUGUUCUUGACCAUCUUGUUGAUCUUUUCAAGUUUAGCAUGUUUCACAAAUGCCAAAACUCACCACCAUGGGUUUGUUGUUCAAGCGACGAAAGUGACCCGGUUGUGCAAAACCCGUAAUUCUAUUACGGUUAACGGCCAGUUUCCGGGUCCAACCUUGGAAGUUAAUAAUGGCGAUAGUUUGGUGAUAAAGGUCGUCAACAAAGCGAAAUACAAUGUCACCAUUCACUGGCAUGGUGUUAGACAGAUUAGGACAGCAUGGGCCGACGGACCCGAGUUCAUCACUCAAUGCCCAAUCAGACCCGGACAGAGUUAUACCUAUAAAUUUACAAUCUCGGGUCAAGAAGGAACAUUAUGGUGGCAUGCACAUAGUUCAUGGCUUAGAGCAACUGUUUAUGGUGCUAUUGUCAUUCACCCAAAACAAGGCGAUUCUUACCCGUUCCCUAAACCAAACCGCGAUUCGGUCAUCAUGCUUGGUGAAUGGUGGAACGCGAACCCUAUUGAUGUUAUUAACGAAGCGAGAAGAACCGGUGGAGCUCCAAAUGUUUCCGAUGCAUAUACCAUCAACGGUCAACCUGGUGAUCUUUACAACUGCUCUAGCAAAGAUACUAUAAAAGUUCCAAUGAGUUCAGGAGAAACAAACCUCGUGCGGGUGAUUAAUGCAGCAUUAAACCAGCAACUAUUUUUCAAAAUCGCUAACCAUAAAUUUACAGUUGUGGGAGCUGAUGCUUCCUACGUGAAACCGUUCACGACCUCGGUCUUAAUGCUUGGACCGGGUCAAACCACGGAUGUACUCAUAAAAGGUGACCAAACACCGGGUCGAUACUACAUGGCAGCACGCGCUUACGCAAGUGCACAAGGUGCACCCUUUGACAACACCACCACCACCGCCAUUUUGGAAUACACGACCGCUAAGAGUAACUCUUCUAAGCCAGCUAUGCCCACCCUCCCGCCUUUUAACGACACAAACACCGCCACCGCCUUCACCACCAGCUUCAGAAGCCCGGGGAAAACCUUAGUUCCGAAAACAGUUGACGAGAAUCUUUUCAUCACCGCUGGCCUUGGAAUCAACAAAUGCCCACCGAAAGCCAAGGCGAGUACCUGUCAAGCACCAAACAACACGCGCUUCACCGCCAGUAUGAACAACGUGUCUUUUGUGCUGCCGUCCAACUUCUCAUUGUUGCAAGCACACCACAAUGGGAUUCCCGGAGUUUUCACCACCGAUUUUCCAGCAAAGCCUCCGGUGACGUUUGACUACACCGGUAAUGUAAGCCGGUCUCUCUGGCAACCAACGCGUGGGACCAAGGUUUAUAAACUGAAAUACGGAGAUAAGGUACAGGUGGUGCUACAGGGAACGAGUAUUUUCACAGCUGAAAACCACCCGAUUCAUCUUCAUGGAUACGAUUUCUACGUAGUUGCAGAAGGGUUCGGGAACUUUAAUCCCAAAACCGACACUUCGAAAUUCAACCUUGUGGACCCACCUCUAAGAAACACCGUUAGUUUACCCGUCAACGGGUGGGCAGUCAUUAGAUUCGUUGCGGAUAAUCCAGGUACAUGGAUUAUGCACUGCCACUUAGACGUGCACAUCGGAUGGGGUCUGGCUAUGGUGUUUGUAGUCGAUAACGGGGUCGGGCUUAUGGAGUCACUACAACAACCACCGAAAGAUUUGCCGCGAUGUUAACACUACAAUAAUAUAUACAAAAUCAUCAUAACAGCAAUCUAGUUGUCUAAACCAUUUAAAUGUUAAUGUUGUUCUUUCCCCAAUUUGUAGAUGUAUCAAUUUUUCCACAUUCCAGUUUAUAAUUUCAUACUCAAAUUUAUAUAAAAAAAAGUUUUCCAUUGGUUUUAUUGUU